AUGGCUCUGCAGGAGGCGAAGCCCCGGGGCCCGAAGGAAGCUGGGCCGGCGGCGCAGGGGCCCAGGGACCGGCACCGGGCGCAUGGGCUCGGCCAGGCCGGCUGGGGAGCCGCGCGCUGCCGGGGCGUGAGGAGCCCCGGAGUCCGUGGGUCCCAGGAUGCGCCGCCGCCGCCGCUGCCGUUGCCACCGCUGCUGCUGGGACUCCUGCUGCUGGUGGCUCUUCCAGAGCAUUGCCGGGCGGACCCGGGAGCAGAUAAUCUGCAGAUCCACGUCACCCCAACCCCGGAGUCAUUUCCUCAUGGGAAGUUGUUACCAAUUUCACCAACAUGGCCUUUCUCGGAAGUCAAGUCUUCUUUGGCAGUGGACAGAAUCAAGAAUGUGCUGGAACAGUCCCCUGAUAACACGAGCUUGCUACAGUUAGCCCGGACACCUCCGCCCAGAGUACACCGCAGGGCCAGGGCUCACGUGGACUUCUCUCCUUCCCUUUACCAAGGAAGCGGACAGAGCGCCUCCCUGGAGCCCUCUAAAGAUUCCAGCGAGUCCCUGGUCCAACCGAGGCCUCCAGGGGGAAGAGAAGCAGCGGACGUGUCAGUGGACUCCUCGGUGUCAUCCAAGGUAGAGCCAACAGCAGAAGCAGCAGCGGCAGCGGCCACAUUGUUUCUGAAGAAGUCGAGUCCACAGGCGCUGUCUGCAGCCCUGGUUGCCAAGGGCACCGGCAGCAGCGGCUUAACCAAGAGCAGUUCCACCACUGCUCUAGCUAAAAAUGUCACCAACAAGGCAGCAUCUGGCCCAAAGGCAACAGCAGGGGCGAUCUAUACAGCCCUCCCGUUCACACCAACCUACAUGUUUGCCAGAACAGCACACACCAUGAGCACACACACAGCCAUGCAGGGGGACACGGGUGCUGCCUCGGGCCUGUUGUCCACAACACACCUCCCCAGGAAGCCACAAGCCAUGCACACAGGCCUCCCAAACCCCACCAAGCCAGAGACGCCGAGGGCAUCCACCCCUCGCCCGCUGACGGUCACCGCAGCGUUGACCUCCAUUACAGCAUUAGUGAAGGCCACCCGCUUGCCCCCUUUGCAAGCAGAAAACACGGAUGCUUCUCUCCCUGCUUCGUCCACUGCGGUGGUCACAACUGGCAAAAUGGCGUCCAACCUGGAAUGUCAGAUGUCUGAUAAACUCCUGGUGAAGACAGUUCUCUUUAUAACCCAAAGGAGAGGACAGAGCAUUGAGUCCUUGAAGCUCAAUGUAGCCAGAGGGCUCACGCAGGCAUUGCGGAAGGCUUUCCACCAGAACGACAUCUCUGCUCAUGUGGACAUUCUGGAACAUUCUCACAACAUCACAGUUGGUUAUUAUGCUACCAAAGGAAGGUUGGUAUACUUGCCUGCUGUUGUGAUAGAAAUGCUGGGUGUUUAUGGAGUCAGCAACGUCACUGCAGAUCUGAAGCAACAUACCCCAAACUUACAGUCUGUGGCCGUCCUUGCCUCCUCAUGGAAGCCCCAGCCUGCAGGCUACUUCCAGCUGAAAACAGUGCUACAGUUUGUGAGCCAGUCAGAUAACAUACAUUCCUGCAAGUUUGCUCAGACCAUGGAGCAGCGGCUGCAGAAGGCAUUCCAGGAUGCUGAGAGGAAGGUCCUGAAUACCAAAAGCAACCUGAUGGUUCAGAUUGUGAGCACGUCCAACGCCUCGCAGGCCGUCACCUUGGUGUACGUCGUGGGCAAUCAGAGCACAUUCCUCAAUGGCACAGUGGCCAGCAGUCUCCUGAGCCAGCUCUCGGCCGAGCUGGUGGGAUUCUACCUCACCUACCCGCCGCUCACCAUUGCUGAACCACUGGAAUAUCCCAAUCUUGAUACAUCAGAAACAACUAGAGACUACUGGGUGAUUACAGUGCUGCAGGGCGUGGACAACUCGCUGGUGGGCCUCUACAACCAGAGUUUUGCCCGGGUUAUGGAGCAACGCCUGGCCCAGCUCUUCAUGAUGUCCCAGCAACAAGGCCGGCGGUUUAAACGGGCUACCACCCUGGGAAGCUAUACUGUGCAGAUGGUAAAGAUGCAGCGUGUUCCAGGACCAAAGGACCCAGCAGAGCUGACUUACUACACCCUGUACAACGGGAAGCCACUGCUGGGGACCGCAGCUGCCAAGAUCCUGAGCACCAUUGACUCCCAAAGGAUGGCCUUGACCCUGCAUCAUGUUGUCCUUCUGCAAGCUGACCCUGUGGUGAAGAACCCCCCUAACAACCUGUGGAUCAUUGCGGCAGUGCUGGCGCCCAUCGCCGUGGUCACGGUCAUCAUUAUCAUCAUCACUGCUGUGCUCUGUAGGAAGAACAAGAACGACUUCAAGCCAGACACUAUGAUAAACCUGCCGCAGAGAGCAAAGCCUGUGCAAGGCUUUGACUAUGCCAAGCAGCACCUGGGCCAGCAAGGGGCAGAUGAGGAGGUCAUCCCUGUGACUCAGGAAACGGUAGUCCUCCCCCUGCCCGUUAGAGAUGCUCCUCAGGAAAGAGACAUCGCUCAGGACGGGAGCACCAUCAAGACAGCCAAGUCCACGGAAACCAGAAAAAGCAGGUCGCCCAGUGAGACUGGCUCUGUCAUCAGCAACGAAUCAGGGAAGCCCAGCUCAGGGAGACGCUCACCCCAGAACGUAAUGGCACAGCAGAAAGUGACAAAGGAGGAGGCAAGGAAGAGAAAUGUGCCAGCGAGUGAUGAAGAGGAGGGACCUGUCCUCUUUGACAACUCUGGCAAGGUGGCUGCUGAUCCCUUCGACACGUCCUCUGGGUCUGUGCAGCUCAUCGCAAUCAAACCCGCAGCCCUCCCCGUGGUGCACCCCACUUCGGACAGGAGCCAGGAGACCUCAGCCGUCCUCAACGGGGAGGUGAACAAAGCCCUGAAACAGAAGUCAGACAUCGAGCACUAUCGGAACAAACUGCGCCUCAAAGCCAAGAGGAAGGGGUACUAUGACUUCCCCGCAGUGGAGGCAAACAAGGGUCUGACCGAGAGAAAAAAGAUGUAUGAAAAAGCCCCAAAGGAAAUGGAGCAUGUUUUGGAUCCAGACCCGGAGCUGUGCGCUCCAUUCGCGGAGUCUAAAAACAGGCAACAGAUGAAGAACUCUGUCUACCGAAGCCGGCAGUCUCUGAACAGCCCGAGUCCAGGAGAAACCGAGAUGGACCUUCUGGUCACUCGAGAGCGACCCCGGCGUGGCAUCCGGAACAGUGGAUAUGAUACUGAACCUGAAAUCAUAGAGGAAACCAACGUUGACAGAGUUCACGAGCCGCGGGGCUACGCCAGGUCGAGGCAGGUGAAAGGCCACUCGGAGACCUCCACGCUGAGCUCCCAGCCCUCCAUCGACGAGGUCAGGCAACAGAUGCACAUGCUCCUGGAGGAGGCCUUCAGCCUGGCGUCCGCGGGCCACGCAGGCCAGAGCCGACACCAGGAGGCCUAUGGCUCUGCCCAGCACCUGCCCUACUCGGAGGUGGUGACCAGUGCACCAGGGACCAUGACGCGGCCCAGGGCCGGGGUGCAGUGGGUGCCCACCUACCGCCCAGAAAUGUACCAGUACAGUCUGCCCCGGCCGGCCUACAGGUUUUCCCAGCUUCCUGAGAUGGUCAUGGGCUCUCCCCCUCCGCCUGUACCUCCCCGGACUGGCCCGGUGGCUGUUGCUUCUCUCAGGCGGUCCACCUCAGACAUCGGCAGCAAGACCCGAAUGGCCGAGUCCACAGGUCCUGAGCCAGCCCAGCUGCAGGACAGCGCCUCGUUUGCACAGGUGUCCAGAGGCCCCGUGUCCGUGACACAGUUGGAUCAGUCUGCUUUAAAUUACUCAGGUAACACGGUGCCGGCAGUGUUCGCCAUCCCAGCUGCCAACAGACCUGGUUUCACUGGCUACUUCAUCCCCACACCUCCCUCGUCCUACAGGAGCCCAGCCUGGAUGUCCUACGCGGGAGAGAACGAGCUCCCAAGCCAGUGGGCCGAUUCGGUCCCCCUCCCCGGGUACAUCGAGGCCUACCCCCGGUCCCGGUACCAGCAGAGCUCACCCUCCAGGCUUCCUCGCCAGUACAGCCAGCCCACCAACCUGCACCCCAGCCUGGAGCAGGCCCCCGUGGCCUCCGCAGCGGCCUCGCAGCAGAGCCUGGCAGAGAACGACCCACCUGACACCCCCCUGACCAACAUCUCCACCGCGGCCCUGGUGAAGGCCAUCCGGGAGGAGGUGGCCAAGCUGGCCAAGAAGCAGACGGACAUGUUUGAGUUCCAGGUCUAA